CGCUGCUCUUCCGCCUCUGCGGCGAGCGCCGGUGGGAGCAGCCCCGUCCCGCGGGGACUACAACUCCCAGCGCUCCGCGGCGCGGCCGGCGGCGGCCCAGGAGGUGAGAGCGGCUGCCCCGGGAGCCGAGUUCUCCUUCAGGCCGCAGCAUGAACGGCAGCGUGGCGGGUGGCGGCUACGCCGAGGAGAUCAUCAGCCUCACCCGCAGACCCUCAGGCUUGGGCUUCAACAUUGUCGGUGGGACAGAUCAGCAGUACAUUGCCAAUGACAACAGCAUCUAUGUCAGCUGGAUCAAAAAGGAUGGGGCAGCUUACCUUGAUGGCCGAUUACAAGAAGGAGAUAAAAUUUUAGCGAUCAAUGGCAAAGACUUGAAGGAUUUGCGGCACAAGGAUGCUGUGGAACUGUUCAGGAAUGCAGGAUAUUACGUGUCUCUGAAAAUUCAGCGCAGGUUGCAACCACAGAAUGGCCCUGUGGGUCAUGGAGGAGAUGGAGAAUCAGGUGGGCUUCCUCUGGCAGCCAUUCUUGUGCCAGGCCUGGCGCUUGCUGCGACAGCAGUCUGGAUCUUGCUGAGGUAUCGACAGCGGAUGUGAGGAGUUCACGGCUGGGAUAUCACUGCGUAUUUUACACAGCUAUGAUGCAAUUUAAAGAUAGAGAAUCAACAAUCUUGUCACAGACUGAUGCCAAAAAGGAUCAUUGCCUAUCGUCAAAGUUGCUGCUGAUAUUCGUAUAUAUUGAUUUUGUUGCAGGGUGGAUAGAAAUAGAGAGAAAAAAGGGAAGUGAGAGGACUGUGUUUAUGUAGAGUGGGAUAGCUGUAUUUUUUGACAAAUCAAGGCGGUUUUGCCAUCCUCCUCUAUUUUGCACCAUGAACUUUCAAACACACUCAUCUAUUCCACAUUUUAAGGUUUAACUUUUGGUUAAAGGGAGUGGGAGUGGUUUUAAAUCAAAAACAUCUUCUAGAGGCUUUGCCUUGUUUCCACAGAAUUUUCUUGAAUCUAAUGAAUUCUGUCCAAACCAUGAAUAAAGAGAGGCAAUGCAAAGGGUAUAUUGUUUUUCCCAUUGAAGUUUUGUUGGUUGUUGCUAAAUAAAUGCCUUAAACGUGUAAAAUCUGAUCUGUGGUUUUGCAGGUAAAAUCUUCAGUGUAGCUGCUGAUUUAACAGCAAUAUGCAGUAUUGGUGAGAUAUUUUGCCAGUUGUGGAAAGAUAGAAGAUAGCCUGCUGCUAGAAGAAGAUUUUCAUUGUCACAAUGAUUGCUCAUUUUUGGGUCAGAGUUGUAAGAGAAAGCUUUCCACAAAAUGCUAGCAUACUGGAGAGAGACAGACACCUGAAUCACAAGGAUAAGUGGUGGCAAGAGAUUCAGGCAUGCUGAAGCUGCACAACAGUCUUUAAAUUAAUAGUGGAGCAGUAGUUCCUCCAUUCAUCAGGUGGGUUGAAGUCUGCAUCUCUCAGGUUAGAGGUCUGUUUUGGGGGUUAUCUUUUUGCACAUGGAAUGCUUCAGAUAAAGUUUUCUCUAGCAACUAACUUGCUCUCUCCAGUAAGAAGACUCUUAUCAUGAUUGAAAGGGAGAAGCUGAGAGCAGGCUGGGAUUGUCCUGGCUUUUGCUUGUUUGUGAAGAGUUAAGUGAUGUUUAGGAGAUGGGCAGUCAGCUUUAAGCCAGGGUAAAGCCUAGCAGGUUAAACCAGAGGGAAGAGACCCUCCUCUGGAAAGUAUAUGGCUGAAUUUACCUCUAGGGUCUCAUCUCCUCACUGUGAUUUGAAUAGAUUUAAAUGCCCCAGCUUGAUAGGAGCUCUGUGGGUAAGACCUGUUUCUCUUGUCUCCAAGAAAUCAAUGUGCUUUGUUGUUUUUGUAAAAGAAAAGCAAAAUGCAUGGUCUGGUCUGUAUGAUGCCAAAGAGGAGAUCAUAUAUGCAAUAUAUGUUUUCAAAGAAAAA